GUUUAUAAUGUUGUUUUUUUAAGUUUGAUUUGAACAAAAUGGCGGAUCAACGGCGACGAAUAUCCCAACAAGAACUCAACAACAAUUUCAUGCAGUGGGUAGUUGGACCAAAUAACCACUGGGCUCGAAACUUUGGUUUCCAUUACCAAUUAGGACACCAACAAGCCAAUCGGAAUGUUUGGUAUAUCCCACCACCGCCAGUAGCUCCGCCUGCAGCCCCGUCUAUGAUGCCACAAGCAGCUGAACGUGCAGCUCUGAUGAUGCCUCCACCAUCACCACCGCCACCAGUAAAUCCAGCUGAAAAUUCCCCAGGACAUCAACGAGAGAAUCCACCAGCAAAUUUGCCAAUGGAUUCGCCAGCUAAUCCACCAGAGCUUCCUCCAGUGGGUUUGCCAGCAAAUUCCUCAGGACAUCAGCGAGAGAAUCCACCAGAGCUUCCUCCAGUGGAUUUGCCAGCUAAUCCACCAGAGCUUCCUUCAGUGAAUUUGCCAGCAAAUCCCGCAGGACAUCAGCGGGAGAAUCCACCAGAGCUUCCUCCAGUGAAUUUGCCAGCAAAUCCCCCAGGACAUCAGCGAGAGAAUCCACCAGAGCUUCCUUCAGUGGAUUUGCCACCAAAUCCGCCAGUGGAUUUACCAGCAAAUCCGCCAGCGAAUUUACCAGCAAAUCGGCUGGCAAAUCCAACAGCGAAUUUGCUUGAAAAUCCACCAGAAAAUCCAGCAAAUCUGCCAGCCGAUCUGCGAGGACAUAUGCCUGAGAAUCCACCAGCAAAUCCACGAGGAUAUUUUCUAGAGAAUCCGCAUGCGAAUUUUCAAGCAAAGUUGCCAGCAAACCUGAUAUUCAAUUCAGCAGGAAAUUUUCUGACAAAUCCACCAGGAAAUUUGCCAGCAAAUUUAUAA